AUGGAGAUUGCUCAGAAUGUCAGACCACAGGGUGCUCUUUCGAGUGAUACUGAAAAGAAUCCGAAAGAAUGCAAAACAGUCACCUUGAGGAAUGGCAGAGAACUUGAAGAGGUACCAUCAAAGAACAAAAAGAAGGUAGAUGCUGAACUCAUUCCUGCUCAAAGAACUAAAGAUGAAAAGAGUCCUGAGAAAGUCAUGCAACAGUCCGAACGUGUACACAUCAACAUUCCUUUGGUAGAGCUCUUGCAAGAAGUUUCGAAAUAUGCUAAGUACAUCAAGGAUAUUGUUGCAAAUAAGAGGCACUGGACAAAAUUUGAGACUGUGGCACUUACUAAGGAAUGCAAUUCUAGAGUGAGGAGCAAGAUUCCACCAAAGCUGAAAGAUCCGGGCAGAUUCACUAUUUCUAUAACUAUUGGUAAUAUCGAGGUUGGGCUGGUAUUAUGUGAUUUGGAUGCUAGCAUUAAUCUUAUGCCCACCUCUGUGUUCCGAACGUUGGGGUUGGGUGAGCCAAGGCCAACAACAGUAACUUUGCAGUUAGCUGAUAGAUCUCUUGCAUAUCCUGAUGGUAUAAUUGAAGAUGUUCUUAUGAAAGUGGGUCCUUUUAUUCUGCCGGUUGAUUUUAUUAUCCUUGAUUACGAGGCAGAUAAGAAUGUUUCUCUUAUCAUGGGAAGGGGAUUCUUAGCGACUGUUGAUACGGUUAUUCGAGUCAUUUAUGGGAAGAUGUCUAUGACAAUAGAUGGGCAAGAAGCUACUUUUGAUGUUUUAAGGUCUACUAAGCUUCCUCCUCAUUAUGAAGAAUUGAAGAUGAUUACCGUUGUGGAGCCCGAGCUCAUGAAUGCAUAG